AUGAAAUUUUCAAUCUUAGCUUUAUUAUUUGUUGGAGGUGGUGCUUUAGCUACUGCUGUUCCUAAUGCUGAAGAAAGAUCAGAUGUUGGUGAAUUAAUUGCUUGGAAAUUAGAAGGUCUUGACGUACUUCGUGAAAAUGUUGUUAUUGAUGGUUUCAGCUGGUCAGAUGGUGAAUCUCAUGGUAAAAUCGUUAAAGCUAAUGUUGAUGAAGAAACUAAUGGUUCGUUUAUUCUUGCUUCGAAUUCAGGUCCAGUUUCAGGUUCUUAUCCUGGUGUUUCAAACGCUAACCUCAAAAAACGUGGUUUUACUGCAUUUUUAGAUAAUGAAUUAGAAAAAAGAGGUCUUUGUUGUACUGUUAGUGUUUGUAGUUAUGAAAUCAUUAAAAUUUGUCUUGAGUAG